CAGCCCAGCGUGAGUGGGAUGGAGCCUCCCUUUGGGGACGACUUUCAGCACUUCUCCUUCGCCGACCAGGCGUUGACCAGCACCGAGCUGCUCGCCAACACCUCAGACCCCGACUUCAUGUAUGAGCUGGACAGAGACAUGAGUCACCGACAGAGCCCGUACGGCGACGGCACGAUGGGCGUGGCCGACGGCGCCAAAGAUUGCGAGGUGGGCGCGGAGCAGCAGCUGAUGAUGGCGCUCGGAGAGUGCGACACUGCUCACGGCGCUCCGGCUUUUGAGCAGUGGGACUCGUACUGGGAGGACCUCACCAGAUAUACACGUCUGACCAGCUGCGACAUCUGGGGCACCAAGGAGGUGGACUUUCUGGGCUUGGAUGACUUCUCCAGCCCGUAUCAGGAUGAGGAAGUGAUCGGCCAGACACCCACUCUGGCUCAGCUCAACAGCGAGGACUCUCAGCCAGUGUGCGAGGCUCUCUGCCCCCCAGCCGAACCUACGCAGCUACCCGCCCCCGACAAGAGGACGCCGCUCCCGGGGUCUUCGUCCCGCCAUUCUAGGAGCCUCGUCCCUGACUUCCCUGAGGGUUUCCGGAAGGCCACCCGGCCGAUCCCCUCUAGCACCGAGACCAUGACCAAGACCCAGGCCCAAUCGCCGUCCAAGACGGGCGCUCUGUUGGCCAACUUUGACUUUGUCCGAAAAGCCAAAGUCCGCCUGAGUGCUCACAAAGCUCAAACUGACCCCCCAUCGCAGACCUACUUCGAGAGGGCGGAAGUCCCCGCACCCCUCCAGCGCGAUAACACGGUGUCCGUGGCAUCCACAUCAGCCGACGCCGCCUCGCUGGCGACGCCCGCCGGCUGCAGCUUCAAUGCCACUGCUAGAAAGCCUGCCGCCGCGCCUCAGCUGGAAGAUGUCGGCGCCGCCUUGGAGCGCAGCAUACCCGGGGGGCCGGACGGUGGCGCCAGUACCGUGGUGGAAGAGGAGAAGAGCAAAGAAGAAGAACACAACUACUCCUUGUUUCUCACCCGAAGCCGCCUGGCCAGGAGGAGCCUUUCGCAGCUGGAUGAGGAGGAAGAGGAAGAAGAGGAGGAGGAAGAAGAGGAAGAAGAAGAGGAAGACGAUGAGGGCGACGGGCUGGAGUUGGAUGACGAAGACCACGACGAAGACCACGAUGAAGGCUUCGGGAGCGAGCACGAGCUGUCCGACAACGAGGAAGAGGACGAGGAUGAAGAUGAGGACUAUGAGGCCGACAAGGACGACGACAUGAGCGAUGCCUUCUCAGAGCCUGGCUGCGACGUGUCCCUCCUAGAGGACGUGAAAGGUUUGACGGCUGGCGUGUCGAGCCGCAAGCGAGGCAAACGUCGCUACUUCUGGGAGUACAGCGAGCAGCUGACGCCAUCCAAACAGGAACGCAUGCUGAAACCUUCCGAGUGGGACCGUCACACUCUGCCCAGUAACUUGUACCAGAAGAACGGGCCACUGCACGGGAAAUACGCACUGAAGAAGUCCCGGCGCACUGACGUGGAGGACUUGACUCCGAACCCCAGGAAGCUCCUGCAGAUCGGCACCGAGCUGAGAAAACUCAACAAGGUGAUCGGCGACUUGACGCCCGUCAGCGAGCUGCCGCUCACCGCCAGGCCGUGGUCGCGCAAGGAAAAGAACAAGCUGGCGUCCAGGGCGUGUCGUCUGAAGAAGAAAGCGCAAUAUGAAGCCAACAAGGUGAAGCUGUGGGGACUCAGCACAGAAUACGAUCGUCUUUUGUUUGUCAUCAACGCCAUCAAGGAGGAGAUCGUCAGCCGAGUAGAGGACUCGUCCCCUCGCGCCAGUAACAUGAGCGACACACUGGAGAGGAUGAUUCAGGAAAAACUUGUGUCGCCACCUGUCGCCGGGCAGACUUCGGACUUCGUCAACAAGAUCUUGGAGAACACAGGAUGCGGCGACCCCACCGGCGGACUGGUGGGCCUGCGGGUGCCCACCUCCAAAAUGUAA